CGACAGCUUCCCUAGCCUACAGGAAGCGGGAGAGACUAAUUCUUUAGCUUAAAAUCGUAUCCUAAAUGGCUAGAUAAUCAUCCUGCACGCAAGAAAAUAGACAUGUGACUGUCUAUAAGUGAAAUCGUUUAGUAAAUAAUUGUGUGACUGCUUAAAUUCGAUAAGUUUACGCCUAACGUUAGCUAGCCGUCUCUGGAGCGGUUAGCUCGCGAGCUCACACGCAUGCAGUGCGUGCCUCUUUCACCGUUUAGACUUCGCCGUGUAGAGUUGAGUCUUUCAAAGGCUUACAGACACAGAGGAGCAGGUCAUUACAGAAAUGAAGUUUCUUCAGAUACUUAGACCAGCUUGUGAGACAUUAUGGAGACCAAACAGAUGUGUUUCCUGUUUACUUGGGCUGGUCAUCUAUCUGGGCUCUGUGGCGUCCUUCAACAUCAGCCCAAUGACAACAGGCCUGCGCUCUGCCUUUUCCGCCACACGCAGCAGCAGCAGCAUAUUGGGUGGCACUCAGCGUGCUGUGACUUUUGACCACCUUCUAGUUAACACUGGUGAAGACUUCAAUCCAGAGACGGGCACUUUCCGUUGCCGCCUGCCUGGUGCAUACUACUUCUCAUUCACAGUGGGAAAGUUCCCAAAGAAGAUGCUGUCGGUCAUGCUGGUGAAGAAUGGGAUGGAGGUGCAGGCCAUUGCAUAUGAUGAAUACCAGAACCAGGGCCGCAAGGUUCAGAGCCAGAGCGUGAUGGUUAGCCUGAAACCUAUGGAUACGGUAUAUCUGCUUCUACAAGACAAUCCUCAAUACGCCAUCUACAGCAACGCCGGACCAUACAUCACAUUUAGUGGUUAUCUCGUCUAUCCAGACUCUACAUCCUCUGUUGGAUAUCUCAAUAACCACCUAUCUCCUCCAGGCCCUAAUCUUCCAGGUUGUCCUCCCCCUGUAGAUGCUUAUUAUGAAUGGAUAAAAAGAACAACCAGUGAGGAACCACGUUCUGCAUUUUCAGUGGCAAGAACUACAUCAGCGCUGGGAGAAAGCAGAAUGCGUCGUGAAAGAGAAGCUCUCACGUUUGACGUGGAGUAUGUCAACAUAGGUGGACAUUUUAACAUAACAUCUGGACGUUUUACCUGCCACUUCCCAGGUGCAUAUUACUUUGCAUUUACUGUGGGAAAGCACCCUCAUCGUGCGGUUUCAGUGAAGCUGAUGAUGGGAAGAGGGGAGAUUCGGGCCAUGGUGUUCAAUGAGGACAUGUCACGGCGGAGAGAGAUGCAGAGUCAGAGUUUGUUGUUGUCACUGAAAAGAGGAGACAGUGUCUGGUUGUACAGUCAGCAGGAUGACGGAUAUGCCAUUUUCAGCAACCAUGGACGAUACACGACCUUCUCUGGUUUCCUGGUCUACCCUGAUGGUGAAUCCAGGAACAUAGACAGAACUUUCCCCUGAGAACCAAAGCCAGCAGCAGUACUGAUUAAUUUACAGUUAUGCCUUCAAACUUUUGUUUUUGUACUAAAUAUGUUUGUUUUUGUACCUCUUAACAUACUACUAUUGUUAUGUGCUUCUACGCAUCACAAUCAUAAUGUAAAUAAAUACUGUAUAAUUUUUUUUGAGGGGGAUUUCAUUAAUGACUUAAAAACCCAACGGAAUCCUGCUUUAACAAUUAAUUAUGGGUAUUAACACGCUAUCUAAACCCUGGGUUUAAGUUCUUUUUUGCAUAUUUGCGGUGUCAGUUGUAUUGAUUGGUCGAAUUCAGCAUGUGACCUGUUCACGUAAAAGCUCUAGCUAUCAAGUUUUAUUAUAAAGUGUAAUGCAAAAAGCCCUUACAUAUGGUUAGCAGAUCAUUAGUUAAUGUACGUUAAAUUGGAACUUGAUUCAAAUAUAUUCAUAUUUAAAUGUAAACGAACUACUGAUCUGUUAAGCAUUAUAUCAUUUUUUUUCACUUAUUAAUGAACAUUAUUAUAAAGUUACUAUUUCUUGUAAGUUAUAAUUGUUUAGCAAGUUAUAUUAGUGUGACUGUCUCAUAUAGUUAGAAGAAAAAUCUACAUAGGCACAGUUGAUGCUGAUUUUUUGUUUAAUUGUUUUUACUAUUGUUUAAAAGUAGUACUUUAACAAAUAUUAAAAGUGUUUGAAAUCUUC